AUGUCCAACAGCAUGCAAUUCCCCAUUCCACGAUUCACCACCACCAAUUAUGAGAAUUGGAGCAUCCAAAUGAAGGCAUUGCUAGGCUCCCAAGAUAUUUGGGAGGUUGUUGAAAAGGGAUAUGAAGAACCCCAAGAUGACCGUGCACAAAUGGCGGCACAAAGAACGGCGCUUGUCGAUCAAAGAAAAAAGGACAAGAAGACCCUUUAUUUCAUCUAUCAAGGGCUAGAUGAAGCCGGAUUCGAGAAGGUUGCUUGUGCCACCAACUCAAAACAAGCUUGGGAGAUCCUCCAGAAUGCUCAUAAGGGCGUUGAGAAAGUGAAGAAGGUGCGCCUCCAAAUGUUAAGAGGCGAGUUCGAGACUUUGAAGAUGAAGGAAGGAGAAUCCAUCUCGGAUUACUUCACAAAGGUUCUUUCUAAUGUAAACCAAAUGAAAAGAAAUGAUGAGAAUGUAGAGGACAAGCGUGUGGUGGAGAAGAUCCUAAGAUCCUUGGAUCAGAAGUUUGACUAUGUUGUAGCUGCAAUUGAAGAGUCCAAAGAUGUGGACACUAUGACAAUUGAUGAACUCAUGGGUUCUCUACAAGUCCAUGAGCAGAGGAUCUUGAUGCGGAAAGAAGAACCCUUGGAGCAAGCCUUGAAAUGCAAACUCACCAUCAAUGAGAAGAAGGAUGGCCCAACUAGCGAAAGCAGUCAAAUAAAUCGCGGUCAUAGUUAUACCCACAGAUACGGUCAUGGAUGA